AUGAAACCCAAUCAUCGCGAAUUUUAUCGAAAGGUAAAAUCCGUUUAUUUGUCACCAACAGAGUGCGCUCACGUUUUCCCUUCAUCACUGAUUGGCUUCAAACUCAUUCUUAGUUCAGUGGAAAGAGAGAAGGAUUCGAAAUUGUUUAUUUGCGAAUAUCCAAUAAGGAUAGCCGUACCUUCUUAUCUAGCUUCAUCCAUACGAAUAACUGAUUAUCCUAGUUUUGAAAUAAUAUUUUAUGAAAACAACUCUUUCAUCGACUAUUUCAAGUUCUAUGCAGAUGUUACUCGUGUGACUCCAAAAUUCGAAACGAUUGAAAUAACGAAAGACUUGCAUGUCCCCGCCAACCCUGCGCAAUUUGAAGAGUAUUGGAAACGUUCUCGGCUGAUUGAUUGUCAUAAUUUACCGAUGAAUCGAAAUAACACAUCUCAAAGGCUUCCUAUUGAAACUUCCCUCCGCGCUCUUAGUAACUUACGAAAUGUGCUAACCCGCUUCAAUAUGUAUCCAUAUUUGGAAGGUGGAACACUACUUGGAUGGUACAGAGAAUGUUCUGUCAUACCGCAUACUCUUGACAUGGACUUUGUUGUUGAUAUUAGUCAGUUAAACCCUCAGUUUGAAGAGUUAGUAAGAACGAAAGGUGAGUCAUUUGCUUUAACUCGCAAACUUGGAGAUCCAAAAGAUUCUCUUGAAUACACAGUAGUACCUUCAAAAGGUUUCAAGACACCUAUUGAUAUAUUCUUUAUGUAUCAAAACACUGAUGAGUAUUGGAUAGCUGGAACAGACGGGAAAGGAACCAAAUAUAGAUAUUCAUUUCCCUUUUACGAUCCUUAUUGUGCUGGCAUAAUUCACGGUUUUGUGUUCUGGGUUACCUGCUCACCUGAUCAAAUUUUGACUAUCAGUUAUGGAAAGGAGUGGUAUAAGGAUUAUCCAUCAUCUCGUUUCCGUUGGAACUCAUCUUCCAGAAACGUUAGAAUCGUUGGGAAGAUUAAAAAUAGUGAUUUAAAAAAAUUUUAUGAAAUAAUAAAACAAACUCCAUAA